AUCCUAAGGAAGCUUCGGCUAGCGUCGGGUUUUGUUGUCAGGUUUUUGAGGGCCGUUUGUGCGAGUUCGCGGCGUCGUUGCUGUGGGCGAAACGCGUGACAAGAGCAGCCUGAUGAGCACAUAGGCCGUAGACCUAUACAAAGCUAAAGAAAAAUCAAUUGGCGACCAGCCCCGAGCCUCGCGGUUUCUACGUCGACAGUUUACGGAUUCAGAUGGUCAACCGGUCCUUUUGCGCUAAUUCUAGUUCUAGUAGUAUUAGCCAGGUUAGAUGAGUGUCAAAGACCAGGUGCAAGACUUGCUAAAUAACGCGCAGUACCAAAAUGCGCUUGCAUUCUGCAUGCUCACAGAUAGCCCCAAAGAAGACAUCCAACUGAUUGAAGAGCGGUGCGUACAUUCAACUCACAGAUAGCUCCAUGGGUAAUGUACGCUACCAUACUCGACUUAGGUGCGCUUACGCACUUUACUCGCAUGGGGAAUUAGAACGUGCGUUACAACACUGGUUAGAUGCAUUGACGGCGCCCGAAACGGUCGCUGAGUUUUAUGCCAUCAUUUGGCCAUCCGGUUUUAACAUCGAGCUGGAUUCGGAAAAGAAGGUUAUUCCAACGGGCUACAAGCUACGAAGUUAUCCAGAGAAAUGGUUUGGAUUUCUGUCUAAAUUGGUGCUUAGAGGAGUCACGCUAAAACGCACCGCCGCGGCCGUUGUCUCUUACUUUCAGACUAUGCGAAAUUGGUUACUGGCACAUAGUUUUGAUCCGAUAUCAAAUGAAUAUGGCGCAGUAAAGUGUUGCAGGCUUGUACUCGUUGAUACCAUGCUUGCUGCUGCGAGACUUCAGUGCGCCCCCCCCCGACUUCAAGAUACUAUUUCCCUGCUGCGAGAUCCAGCUCAGUCAUGUGACCUUGAGUCACUUGCGACUUUGAUGGCUGCAGGUGGUCCUACAUACGUAGAGCCGCUUCUCUGGCUGUACAGAAGCAAGCAUGCACAUAAACGUGCUCUGACACUAAUCAUGGACAUGUGCAACUGGCAAGAAAAUUCGAGGUGGAAUUGCACUCAAGGUUGGCGAUGGAAAGCAAGGUAUUUGCGUUGGCUGUGGUUCUCCAGAAAGCCAACAUUAGUGUCAAUGGUGCGAGAACAUGUUGCUUCAGUAUUUUAUCAAGCACCUGCGUUGGGCCUAGCCAUUUUUACCGGCGCUGACAUGUCUGGUAAAAAGGAUGACGUUGAUAGUGACCAACCACCCCAUACGAGUUCUCGAGGUGCUAACAUGCGUCAGACUUUUAGUUGAGUUUUUUUUUCAUGCAGGUAUGGCGACUCUUGGCAUAGCUGCCUGGAUGAAGAAACUAGAUUUGAAGGGUGGUUCAUUCAACGCAGCCAAGGAUGUUCAAUCGAGUCUUCACUAUGUUGGAUCGCCAUUGCAAUGCAGUAAAGGUUGCGCCGUGCCUGAACAAGUGGGGCAAUUUCCUCUGCACAGUGGAGCAUCAGUGGCUUGUGCAUAUCUAGAGCAUGUUAUAUACGCAGGCGAGGAACCUGCUAUAUUGCACAUGGAGCUUGCGACCACUCUUCUUGACCAAGUCAAACUUUUUGCUGCAGUUGAUCCCGUGAUGGUGCACCUGUAUCGAACACGACUGCGCAACUUUCUGCGAUAUUCAGACAAAUAUGAAUGCAAUUUUCUGCUCUCGCGCCUACCCGGGGGGUUCCUGCACGAAAAGGCGCUGAUAUUGUCGCAACUUGCUGCCCAUUCUGCCGUCUUGGAUGUUUACGCUCUUAAACUUUCAGAUGACAAUCUCGCAGAGAUAUACUCCAGUACUAUCUGGCUUGCUGCCAAAAAUAUGCCGCAGAUUGUGAAGUCAGACGAGGUGGAAAGCGCACUUGAUAUUUAUGUGAGGCUUGCUAGACGCUACGCGUCGCGUGCACAUACGGGCAAAUGCCUCCAACCCCUUGAGCAUGCAGUUGAUGUUAUUCGCCGUAAUUUUCGUCGCAUUCAUCCUCUUAAUGCAAUAGAAUGUUGCCCUGAAAACGUGAGUAUGACUCUCUGCUCAAACCUUGUCAAAGUAUGCUCGCGGCGCGCUGUUUUUUAUUUCAAAUAUUCACUCUUGCGCCCUAGGAUCUACUUCAUUUCACCGAGUCCGAAAGACGAGCGGCAAUUGUCAAACGUAAUCUCUUGCGUGUGCAAUAUGCGGAUCUUAAGCACGAGGGUACACAACGCCAAUUAAUACGGUACUACAAAUUGUUGUCAGUUCCGAGGCUUGAAGCUUUGGGGAAGAUCCUCAGGUCGCUUCAACCUGUAGUACUCGAGGAAUUUAGGGAAGGCAUUCAUUGCUGCCAUGUUGCUUGCGUUGGCUACCUCUUUGAGUCGCAUCUUGUACUUCAAUUCCAUGUUACAAAUAAACCCAAUGGUCAGCGUAUUAAGAGUGUCCACGUACAUGCCAAGUCCCUUGGGAAUGUGGAGGAUUAUAUUCAUGACGGAGAAGUUAUGUUGAAGUUGCUUACCUGUAAUUCUACUGGCCAUUGCUACGUACUCUUUCGGCGCCUCCCUACCCGUAAAACUGCCAAUUCGCUCGCAUGCAAGUUGCGCUUUUCUGUCACGACAGAUAUUGGAGACCUACGUGUUCCCACUGAGCAACUUCAGGAAAUUUCACUGAAGGACAUAGACGUUCAGUUUUCACCUCCGACAAACUACACGUGAAGGAAGUUGCCUAGAGCCACCUGACAGUACAUUUAUCGAAUGCUUUUAAAUCCGGCAUAGUACAAGCUGGGAGAACCCCCGCUGCCGUGCCGCUUGAACCCUCAGUGCUCAACCCCAAUUUUAAUCUAUUAUACUCCCACGCUCUACCGCUGCCACACUUCUACCCCCGCCUGCGCCCGCCUCAUACGGACGAAGGUCAUUGGUCACCUGGUUGCGUGCCCGUGUAGUCGAAGUCGUCGGGUUUGGAGUAGCGGCGACGUGCGGCGGCGCCCGGACGUCGUCAUCCGUUGAAAUUAAGAAAAAGGCACGGAGACGAGUAAGGCAGAUCCUGCACACACCCAAAGGUCCAGUCACCGGCCUUGGGCGGCGUCUGUCGCUUAUUAUCUGAAAAAUCCUCUGUUCACUUGAAUCACUUCCGAGUCCGAGCCCCUUUCAAGUUACAUGAUCAUGUACUAGCUCUCCUUAGCCAACUGAGAGUAGGCAGCGGGUACGCACGCUACGAGGGAGUUCCUAAUAUCAACAGCC